AUGUACACCUCUCCUCACAGCACAGCGCCAGACUUCACUGGUAUGACUAUCGACAACGGUCGCUUGCGCCUCGUCCAACUGCUUGGCGAGGGCGCGUUCGGCCUUGUCUAUCGCGCCGUCGACGAGACCUCCGCCGCGUCUUCGUGCAAUCCCGAGCCCAAGCAGUACGCCGUCAAGAUCAUGAAGAAGGUGGACGUGGACACCCGCCGCGCAUAUUUUCAGAGGCGCGAAGUCUCUACGCACAUGAGCAUCCACGAUCACCCAAACAUCGUCUCCGUCCACGGUGUCUUCGAGUGCCCCUACUACGUCUACCUCGUGCUCGAAUUAUGCCCGGGAGGCGAUCUUAUGAACGCUCUCCUUGACCGUCUUCUCUACACCCGCAAGGAUGCGCUUCUGAAAAGCGUAUUCCUGCAGAUCAUUCAGGCCGUCGAAUACUGCCACGAUCACGGCGUGUACCAUCGUGACUUGAAGCCGGAUAACAUUCUGGUGAACGAGGACGGCUCGGAAAUCAAGUUAGCGGACUUCGGUCUUGCUACAACCUCCAAGGUCAGCGGUACCUUCGGCUGCGGAAGCGGUCACUACAUGGCACCUGAGUGUAUUGGGUUGGAGUUCGACUAUACCCCCUACAGCACAGAGGCCUGUGAUGUCUGGUCACUCGGCAUCAUCCUGGUCAACCUCGUCGCGGGCCGCAAUCCAUGGACGUACGCGCUCUCGACUGACAGGGCUUUCUCGCAUUACCUUUCGAACCCGAACCACAUGCGUGACGUCCUUCCCGUGUCGGAGGAGGCUCAAUAUAUACUCCGUGGGGUUCUCAACCCCGACCCCGUGGAGCGCUGGACCCUCCAAGAGUUGCGCCAACACAUCGAGGAGGUGGAGACGUUCUUCAUGAGCGAGGAGGAUAUCGCGGUAGCCAGCAAGCACGUGCAGCUGGUCGCGGCGACGUACUGCCCACGCAAGGCCGUUGAAGACAUCGCACGCUCUCAGUCAGCCAUUUGCAUCGAGGACGCGCGCGAGCUCUUAGCAGAGCAAUUCGUUCUCCGGAACAAGACGCUCCCGAGAAAGCCACUGGCGCGCCCGCAGACGCUCAAGACGAAUGACUCGCAGCAGCACUUCGUCAUCGUGUCGUCGACGGGCCUGUCGAGAUCAAGUUCGACCUCAAUGUCCGGCGAGGAGAGCGAAGGUCCGAUCACGCCUGAGACACAUGCCCAGGAUCCUGUGCAGCUGGCAGAGGUGCCGGAGUUCACGGACAGCGAGAAUCUCGGGGAGUUGGAGGUCCCAGUGCAGAAGGAACGCUCCCUUGUUGUUCAAUUCCCUAUUCCACCUGCUACCACCUGCGCAUAA